AUGCUAAACUUGUCUGAGAAGACUCAUUUCUUUCGGCAUCACUCUCGCUUUAAGAACGAGUCCGCUUGCUCAAUAGAAAGUGGAGACACCUGUUGUUUUUUUCGACUUUCUUUGCCUUGUGAUUAUUUGUCUUCUACAAUUUUUUCAACUUCAUUUAAACACUGCACAAAUAAUCACGCUUCUUCUUCUUCUUCUUCUUCUUCUUCUUCUUCUUCUUCUUCUUUCCCCCUCUUAUUUUUCUUCCUCCUCCUCCACCUUUCUCCUCUUCUUCUUCUUCACCUCCUCCUUCUUCGUCUUAUUCUGCUCCUUCCUCCUGUACCUUCUUCUUCUUCUUCUUCUUCUUCUUCUUCUUCUUCUUCUUCUUCUUCUUCAUUGAUCUUUUUUCCAACAUUUUCUGACCCUGUUGCUGUUGCUGUUCUUCUUCUUCUUCUUCUUCUUUUUGUUGUUUUCUAUUUCUUUUUCUUCUUUGUCUUCCAAAUAAUUUACUUCCAUGUGAUUUUUCUUUCUUUCAUAUUCGUUUUAUUGUCCUUCCUUCCUUCCUUCCUUCCUCUCAAUUUGAUUUUUACCAUUUUCUUCUUCUUUUUCGUCUUCUUCCUUCCUUCUGCUUUUCUUCCUGCUUUCCUUCCUUCUUUUCCUAAACCUUCUUUAUUUUCAUUCUUUCUUCGCAUUUAUUUCUCCUUUUAUAUUUCUUUCUUGAUCUUUUUUAUCCAUUUUACUUCAUUUUCUGACACCUUUUUUCUUCUCCUCCUCUUUGUACUUAUGUCUUCUUCUUCAUUUUAUUCUUUCCUUCCUUCUUCUCAAAUUUCUUUUCUCCCAUCUUCUUCUUCUUCUUCUUCUUCUUCUUCUUCUUCUACAUGCCCUGUCGCUUCAGGAUGCAGGUGA